CAUAUCAGGCUGAUAUUCAUGAGAGGUCAACAGAGGCAAAUGCAGCAGGGGAACAAGAGUCACAGGGUGCCAGAGGGGGUAGGCCCGAGUUCAGGUCCUGAAGCUAGAGGAGUGGCAGAGGGGUCACAGGGCCCGGGGUUGAAGAGGGCCUUGUCCCAGUCAGAGCACCCCUCCCUCAGUAAGAUGAGUCAAAACGCCAGGGAGAGCAUGGGGGUUCUCGGCCAGGGACUGAAACAGCUGUUCCAGCAGCAGCGUAAACGCCUCUCCCUCUCUCGCCCCACCAUCACCUCCUCAUCUUCCUCCUCAUCUUCCUCUGUAGUGUCAGCAGGUGGCACCUCACUCUCUGCCUCUGAGGAUAUGUCAGGGUCAUGUUGUCCUGACUCUGACCGCCUCUCUGCUCCUAUGGUUCCCUCUGCAGCUGGCCAGGGCUCAGCCGCUGUGGGCAUGAUGAGGCGUGGGACCAGCCUGCAGAGUCGGCGCAGUAAGGGGUCCGGGUCGGGAUCUGGGAGUGGAGACCGCGAUCCUCUCCUGAGAGGUAGCCCCCAGGCCCCACACCGCCGCCACACUCACGAUCCACAGCACCACACCAGCCGCCCACGCUCCUCUUCUACCACUGACACCACACCAAGCAGCCCCGCCCCUGGAUACGCUGGCGGGGAUGUGGUGCUGUCGUCAGGGUACCAGUCCACGGAGGAGACAGACAGGAUUGACCGGUUAGAGGUGAGCGGGUUGGGCCAAACACCAUUGGCUGUGUCAUGUGGAGCAGACGGUUCAUUCUCUGCAGGCGAGGAUAGCACCCCGGACCCUCAGCGCACCAAGCAGGCAAUAGCCCAGCUGCAGCAGAAAAUCCUCAAACUCACAGAGCAGAUUAAGAUCGAGCAGACGGCCAGGGAUGACAAUGUCGCUGAGUACCUCAAACUGGCCAACAAUGCCGACAAACAGCAAAGCACACGCAUCAAGCAGGUUUUUGAGAAAAAGAACCAGAAGUCAGCACAGACCAUCCAGCAGCUGCAAAGAAAACUUGAGCACUACCACCGGAAGCUGCGGGAAGUGGAGCACAAUGGCAUCCCUCGGCAGCCCAAGGAUGUUCUACGGGACAUGCAGCAGGGCCUGAAGGAUGUCGGAGCCAAAGUCACAGGCUUCAGUGAAGGUGUGGUAGACAGCGUCAAGGGAGGUCUCUCCAGCUUCUCACAAGCCACCCACUCUGCUGCUGGAGCUGUCGUCUCCAAACCCAGGGAGAUUGCCUCACUGUUUCGCAACAGAUUUGGCAGCGCUGACAACAUCCCCUCACUUAAAGACUCUCUAGAUGACCCCUCAGUGGAAGAAGGUGUGACAGGGACUGGCGGACGUUCAUUGGGCAGUGCUGGGCAUCACCUCCAGUCCAGUCCCAAGUACGGUAGUGAGGACGACUGCUCUAGUGCCACGUCAGGUUCAGCGGGGGCCAACAGCACCACUGGGGCCCCUGGAGGCCCUCCCAGUUCUAAAGGCAACACACUGGAGAGGAGUCAAAGCUCCAGCCUAGACAUGCUACUGCAGGAGGUACAGGAACUGAGGGAUGGCCAGGCAAGGCUUGAGGAGAGCCUGGACGGUUUGAAGAGCCACUAUCAGAGAGACUACACAGUUGUUAUGCAGGCACUGCAAGAAGAACGCUUCAGGUGUGAACGUCUGGAGGAGCAACUGAAUGACCUCACAGAGCUGCAUCAGAACGAGAUCCUGAACCUCAAACAGGAACUGGCCAGCAUGGAGGAGAAGAUCGCUUACCAGUCCUAUGAAAGAGCCAGAGACAUCCAGGAAGCGUUGGAAGCAUGUCAGACCAGGAUCUCUAAGAUGGAGCUCCAGCAGCAGCAACAGCAGGUCGUCCAGUUGGAGGGGCUGGAAAAUGCCACGGCCAGGACCCUCCUGGGAAAACUUAUCAAUGUGCUGCUGGCCCUUAUGGCUGUCCUUCUGGUCUUUGUCUCAACUGUGGCCAACUGUGUGGUCCCCCUGAUGAAGACACGCUCGCGCUCACUGUCCACCCUCCUCCUCAUCCUCCUGCUUGCCUUCUUGUGGAGAAAUUGGGACGCUCUCUCGGGGUAUACACACCGCGCCCUGCAGCCCCCAGGAUGACUAGACUGAAGCCAGCACUUGUUGCUUUUGAUGACACCACAUUAUACUGUAGCUGCAGCCAUGCAGGAAGUUUGAAUAACGUGAUUGCCGUUAGGAUGGCUGUGUGGCCGGCGCUGAUAAUCCGGUUGAGCACAUUCGGACACGGCUCGGAAUCAAGAAAAGCGGAAGAAACCAAGUAAAGUUGAGAAGAUACAUGAUUUUCACUUAGGAUGGAACGAGACUGUUUACAUUUUUGAAAUGAACUCUUGUGUUGAUAUCCCUCACAGAAUGCAGCGUUGUACUGUUUUUAUCCUUAGGGUUUAAUCAAUUAUAAUGUUAUUAUUUCUAAUAAUAUUAUUUUUAUUUUCAACGUUAUUUUAUUCAAUACCAUGUAGCAUUACCCUCCUCUCACUCUACACGAAGGGGAGAUUAGUCAGGAAACAUGGGCUGGCGGUUUACCCAAAAGGCUCAGUCCAUUUGUAGAGACAUGCAAAUGUGAUCAUGUGGUUGAUUGCCUUUAGGAAGAUAACUCUUACCUAGCUGUGAUUGGUAGAUUUGAACCAUGGCUGAAAACCUUCCUGGGAGUUGCUCCUUACUUGCUGUGAUGAAAUGUUGUUCAGACAGAACAUUUUGAAGGACUGACUAUGACCACUGAGCGUCAUAAUGACUAGAGACUUUUUUUGUGCUUCCUUACCAUUUCUAAUAGCAAAGACCACAUGCUUUUACUUAUGUCCUUUUUAAGUAAAACUGUUUAAUAGGGGAGAGUAAAUAUGAAACCUAAAGUCAGAAUGGAGCAGCUGUAGAAUGAGAAGAUGCUCACCCACAGAAAGUGCACAUGAACGUACACAGAACAUCUGGUUACUGUCAAGCAACAUGUUUGUAUACAAAUAUAUACAAAAAAUACACGGGAAUCAGAUUUGCUUAAAAGCAAUGACAGAAGGCCAUUGUCCAAGUAAAACCAAUUUGCCUGGAUAAUUGCUCCCCCUCACCGCACCACCACCAUAUUUGAUAUGAUCAGGUUGGAAAGAGAGACCACUGGUACUUAUCCAGCUCCAUCUCAGUUGGAACAUGAAUGCUGCUUCAUAUCUCUCCACUGCCAUGCCAGUCAAAUGCACACUGCCUGUAUAUGACACUCUCCCUGCGCAUUAUCCCUGUGGCCGUCCUUUUUCUACAAGUACACUAUCUUAUAGUGUAAUCACCCAGUGCCAAACCUUUGUCUACCCAGGGAUGCUGGAGCACCAAAAGGGUCCACGUGAAGAGGAAAGAAAGGUCUUCUAUUCAGAUCUGUCAUGAAUGUUUUGCCUGGAUGUCAAAGUUUUUUUUUUUUUGGGAGAGACAACUUCUGCGACAGACGUUUUGUUAGAAAUUUCACAAUCUGAACAUGAACUCGACUCUCAAUUCUUCAGAUGUGUGUUUCUGCACUUGCUUUCUUGAGUACAGUUCCUUAGCUUGAUGUCCAGUCUUUCCAAUACUUUCUUUGUCAUCUAGUCAAGGACAUGACAAGAUGACCGAGCACAUUAAAUAGUCCACCCUGCAUUACAUGUUGAGAAACUGAUGAAUUGUACAGCUGUACUUUAGCACACUGCUAGAUAACACAUGGGUCGAGACUUGAGAAAUCUUUUGAUAGAGAUUUCAAAGGUUGUCACUCUUAUGACAGUCGUCCUCAGCGGGAUAAGAAGAGUUGGCUCAGGUCAGGAUCACUGUCGUCCUUGUCUAAAGAUAAAAACCCUCAGAAAGGACUUUAGCUUGUUCAUCAAACUUGACUCCUCUCAAGUUGUGCAAUUAACAUGGCAAUAGAUUUACUAAGCUAUUUCAAUUUUGCCAUGUUGUGUGCAGCAGACAAGUAGGGAGUGAGCUGACCUUUGAUUUUAGCUUGACCUUGCAGUAACUCCUAUGAUAUAGGGUUGUGUGCUAAACCACUCCAGUGCCUUUUGAUGUCCUUUUCAAAGUGUGGAAUAAAUAAAGUGCA